UGCAUUAUUAUACAAAAGGACGUCUUGCCGAUAGUACCUGAAUAAUUAAUAGAUAGUGGCUAAGUUCGCAAUUUGAUGGAACAGUGAUUUAUGUGGCUAUGGUGAUUUGUGCACAAAUAAGGAACUCAUAUUCUAAGACACGGAAAAGAUGAGUUCUUCAGGGAAAAAGCUAUCUCGUGACAGCGAUGAAUCCGAUACUGAAAUUACUCCAUUGUACGACGAUUUCGACGACCCCGAUCAGCGAACAGCCCAAGAAACGAAAGGAUGGAAUCUCUUCCGCGAGAUCCCGGUCAAAAAGGAGAGCGGUUCCAUGAUAUCAACAGAAUGGGUCGACACCAGCGUGAAGAUCUUAAAACUGUUGGCGUAUAUCGUGGUCUUCCUCGCAGUGCUCGGGUCUGCGGUCAUUUGUAAAGGCACCCUGCUCUUCAUCACGUCACAGCUCAAAAAGGGCAGAGAGAUUAUACAUUGUAACAGAGCGAUAGCAUUAGAUCAACAAUUCAUAACAGUUCACUCCUUGGAAGAACGCAUCUCAUGGCUAUGGGCAGCUGUGAUAGUAUUUGGCAUUCCAGAAGUUGGGGUUUUCCUCCGAUCAGCCAGGAUAUGUUUCUUCAAGACAACUGUGACGCCCACAAUCAUGCAAUUUUUAGCGGCUUUCGUAGUUGAAACAUGUCAAACCAUUGGAAUUGCCAUGCUAAUGCUUUUCAUCCUACCCGAACUGGAUGUGGUAAAGGGAGCCAUGUUGAUGAACGCUCUAUGCUUCAUCCCUGGUCUUCUAAAUAUCUUCAUGAGAGAUCGCACGCACCCUCGAUUCUUCCUGUGGCUGUGUUUGGAUAUUCUGGCAAUAUCGGCGCAAGCUACGGCCUUUGUUGUUUGGCCAUUGCUAGAGGAUAAUAAACCGAUACUUUGGUGUAUUCCUAUUGCAAGCGUGCUUAUAUCUCUUGGCUUUUGGGAGAACUUUGUGGGACCGGUGGACAAACAUUCUUCAGGGAUUAUGGUUACAUUGGUAGAACUAAGAGAUGCGAUGAAAAAAGCACGGUACUACACGUUAAGAAUUUUAUCUCUAUGGAAAGUAGUGGUUUUCAUGGCUUGCGUGCUGAUUUCGUUGCACAUACAGGAUGACGAUCCGUUCACUUUCUUCACAUACGCUGGAGAAACGUUUGGCGAACGCAAUUACACAGUUUACGAAAUUCAAGUUAUCAUAAACGACAUAUACAAUGGUCUGUUUGACUAUUCCAUAAUGGGUGACACCUACAUCUUGCCUUCAUUUUGGGCUACCUCUCUUUGGGUCGCAUUAAUACAAGUGGGCUCAGCCUAUUUCUGUUUCGGCAGCGCAAAGCUGGCCUGCAAGAUAUUAAUUCAGAAUUUCAGCUUUACAUUUGCCCUCAGUUUAGUUGGUCCAUUGACAGUAAAUCUUUUGAUUGUAUUCUGUGGGAUGAGGAACGCAAAUCCUUGUGAGUUCAGCAACACCAUACCAGACUACCUGUUCUUCGAAAUACCACCAGUGUAUUUCCUAAAAGAUUACGUGGGCCGCGAGAUGGCCUGGGUAUGGGUGCUAUGGUUACUAUCCCAGGCGUGGGUAUGCGUACACGCAUGGCAGCCGCGCUGCGAGCGUCUGGCCGCCACUGAAAAGUUGUUUUCGAAGCCCUGGUACUCCGGACCGCUUAUUGACCAGUCGCUGUUGAUGAACAGGACCAAGGAUGAUUACAUGGAUAUGCAGCUAGAGGAUAAAUCUGAAGGGGACAAUGUUUCAUUAAAUAGUAUGGACCAGGUCAAGGAUACUAAACCUUCCGAUCACACUACAAGGAUUUACAUCUGCGCGACCAUGUGGCACGAAACGAAGGAUGAGAUGAUUGAGUUCUUGAAGUCUAUCUUCCGACUGGACGAAGAUCAAAGUGCGCGGCGCGUCGCCCAAAAGUACUGGGGCAUCGUCGAUCCUGAUUAUUAUGAGUUGGAAUCUCACAUAUUCAUGGACGACGCUUUCGAAGUGUCAGACCAUAGCGCAGAAGACUCUCAAGUGAACCGGUUCGUCAAAUGCUUAGUAGACACAAUAGACGAGGCUGCGUCCGAGGUUCACCUCGCAAACGUCCGACUGAGGCCACCAAAGAAAUACCCCACCCCGUAUGGUGGAAGGCUGGUGUGGACCUUACCAGGGAAGAAUAAGUUGAUCUGCCAUUUGAAGGAUAAAUCCAAGAUUAGACACCGAAAACGAUGGUCUCAGGUAAUGUACAUGUACUACUUCCUUGGUCACCGGCUCAUGGACCUGCCUCUCAACGUAGACCGCAAAGAAGUGAUCGCGGAGAAUACUUACCUUCUUGCCCUCGACGGCGACAUCGAUUUCAAGCCUUCGGCCGUGACGCUGCUGAUCGAUCUGAUGAAGAAGAACAAGAACUUAGGAGCUGCUUGUGGGCGUAUUCACCCGGUGGGAUCUGGUUUCAUGGCGUGGUACCAGAUGUUCGAAUACGCCAUCGGUCAUUGGCUGCAAAAGGCGACAGAACACAUGAUCGGCUGCGUACUGUGUAGCCCCGGCUGCUUCUCUCUAUUUAGAGGCAAAGCGCUGAUGGAUGACAACGUCAUGAAACGCUACACGCUGACGUCACACGAGGCGAGGCAUUACGUGCAGUACGAUCAAGGGGAAGACCGUUGGUUAUGCACGCUGCUACUCCAAAGAGGGUAUAGAGUAGAAUACUCGGCCGCGUCGGACGCGUACACUCACUGUCCUGAAAGAUUCGAUGAGUUCUUCAACCAGCGGCGCCGGUGGGUGCCGUCUACCAUGGCCAACAUCUUAGAUCUGUUGGCUGACUCCAAACGAACUGUCAAAGUGAAUGACAACAUUUCCACGCUGUAUAUUAUGUAUCAGUCUAUGUUGAUGAUAGGAACAGUCCUCGGGCCGGGCACCAUCUUCCUGAUGAUGGUGGGCGCCAUCAACGCCAUCACCGGGCUCAGUAACAUCCACGCGCUGUUUCUUAACUUGGUGCCGAUCGCCAUUUUCAUCAUCGUCUGCAUGACUUGCAAAUCUGAGACUCAGCUUUUCCUGGCUAACAUCAUAACGUGCGCAUACGCCAUGAUAAUGAUGUUGGUGAUAGUCGGCAUCAGUCUCCAAAUCAUCGAGGACGGUUGGCUAGCGCCGUCUAGUGUCUUCACAGUGGUGACUUUCGGCUCGUUCUUCAUAACAGCAGCGCUUCACCCCCAGGAGAUUAUAUGCUUGCUGUACAUAGCUGUGUACUACAUAACCAUUCCCAGCAUGUACAUGUUGUUGAUCAUUUAUUCUCUGUGCAAUCUGAACAACGUAUCGUGGGGCACUCGGGAGGUGGCACAGAAAAAGACGGCUAAGGAAAUGGCAAUGGAAAAGAAAGCAGCAGAAGAAGCUAAAGAGAAAAUGGACGCCCAAAGCGUCAUGCGAUUCUUCGGCAAAGGAGGCGAGGAGACCACUGGCUCUAUGGAAUUCAACGUCGCGGGCCUGUUCCGUUGUCUAUGCUGCACCAACCCCAAGGACCAUAAAGAAGAUUUGCAUCUGCUACAGAUCGCACAUAGCAUGGAGAAGAUUGAGAAGAAGCUGGAAGUACUUGGCGCACCACCAGACGUGAAUGAGUCUAUGACCCGCCGCCGCUCCUCUAUGGGUCUGCGCGGAGACACGCUCUCAGUGCUCCCUGACUAUGACGAGGAGGAGAGUGAAAUGUCUGCUGAUAUACCGAGGGAAGAGCGAGACGACCUCAUCAAUCCGUUCUGGAUAGAGGACCCCAACCUUCAAAAAGGUGAAGUGGACUUCCUGACCACGGCUGAAACGGAGUUCUGGAAAGACUUGAUCGACACCUACUUGAGGCCCAUUGACGAGAACAAAGAGGAACUGGCCCGUAUCAAAACCGACCUAAAAAACCUGCGCGACAUGAUGGUGUUCGCGUUCGUGAUGAUCAACGCGCUGUUCGUGCUGGUCAUCUUCCUGCUGCAGCUUAACCAGGACCUGCUGCACUUCAAGUGGCCCUUCGGACAGCAGGUGGUGAUCAGUUACGACGAGGAUGCGAAUCUUGUGACCCUGAACCGCGACUACCUGAUGCUGGAGCCUAUUGGGUCUCUGUUCCUCAUCUUCUUCGGGUCGGUGAUGCUGAUUCAGUUCACCGCCAUGUUGAUGCAUCGCCUCGGGACCCUCAAACAUCUGCUGUCCACUGUGCAACUCAACUGGUACUUCACUAAGAGGCCGGACGAGGUCACACAACACGCUCACAUCGAGAAGAACGCCAUAGAAAUAGCCAAAGACCUGCAGAAAUUAAAUAUGGACGACUUGGACAAGGCGGGCGUGGACGAAAACCACGUGACCCGCCGCAAGACGCUACACAAUUUGGAGCGCGCGCGAGAAACCAAGACUAACAUCAUGAAUUUGGACACCAACUUCAAGCGGCGCAUGAUGAACCCCGAGCCAGAGAUAAUAUCACGUCUGUCUUCGCUGGGCGGUAACGCGAACACGCGGCGAGCUACGCUACGCGCCCUGCAGACGCGGCGCGAGUCAGUUAUAGCUGAGCGACGCCGAUCGCAGAUGGAGAAAGCGAGGGAAUCCACCUCGGCUUACCUUUAUGAUGCACCGAGUAACAACCUAAAUGAGAUGGGCGGGCGGCGGUCGACGCUGGGCUUCCUGAACAAGGGCUACGAGCCGGCGCUCGACAGCGACGAGGACGAGGGUCCGCGCGCGCGGCCCAGCGUGCGGUUCAAGCAGGACUUGUGAUCACAUACUACAAUUAUUCUUAUGUUAUUGUUGUAAAUAAAUCAUACCUAUUUAAUUUAAA